AUAAUUAAAAUGGCCGACAUAUAGAGGCGGCGCGGAGGAGGUACGAAAGAGAAGAAGUUUCAUUUCAACUGUUUACAAACUCCUCCUCUUUGCUGUGUUUCUCCACGACCCCUCGAGCUACCCCUUCCCCUCUUUUUGCUCACAGCUUAAUACCAAAGGGAAGAGGAGCAGUUGUACAAUGGCCGAAGGUCCUGCUGGUGAAGGAGGCCAAUCAAAAGAAGCUCAAGGUCCAUCGACAACAGCAGAGAAGCUUCAAGAGGUCCUGAGGCUCAUAAAGGAAGACAAUGAGAGCGAAGUCCUCCAGCUGCUGAGGUCUGAUAAAGAGCUCUUACACGAGGCGUGUGAGUCCGGCUCACUGGAAGCAGUUGAGCUUUUAUUAGAGAGAAAAGUGACAAUAUCAGAAUGGAACAAAGCUCAUUUGUUGCCACUGCAUCUAGCUGCCAAGAAGAAUCACAUAGAGAUAGUCGAGGCUCUUCUAAAGCAUGACCCAGAUGUCGUUGACAGACCUUCUAAGUAUGGAGAGACUCCGCUGCACUUUGCCUGCCUCUACGGACACCUGCCAAUGGUUAAACUACUCAUUGAUUAUAAAGCUGAUGUUCGUGUUGAUGACAGGUGUGGUAAUACGGCAUUGCAUUAUGCUGUGAGUAGCAAUAAUCCUGAGCUGGUUGAGUUCCUGUUGCGUGAUAAAGAUCUCGUGCAACUCAUUAACAAAAAAAAUCAAUUCCACCAUUCUCCUAUACACAGAGCUGCCGUAUUACAGUGUGUGGAGGUUAUUGAGGUAUUAUCCAAUUACAAGGCAAGACUGAACAUCAAAGACAAGAAUGGUCUAACAGCGUAUGACAUGGCGAGCCUUCUCUACGAUAACAAGAGGGUCCUUCAUUCAAAGGACGGCUCCAAUAAGACCGACACUAUCAUGCCCAUUGGUUCAACGUCACGAGUCAGUACCCACUUGUCUCCCAUGUCAACCAUGAGUGACUAUCACAGCCGCUCGUCCAGUUUCUCUCAUUAUCGUCCAUCAGUUGGCAGCAUUGACGGAUCCACUACCAGUCUCCCUGUAGCAGCUGGCAUUCAAAAGAAAAGAGCAUCAGCCACUUCAUCAAAGAGACCAAUCAAUCUCUCCUUCUCUCAUUCCUACUCUAGACAAGCUAGUGCUGCUUCAUCCCAGGGCAGUCGUGGCUCAGAGAUUUAUCUAAAGGACAAGGAACAAGCCGAGAAAUUAUCAGAAGCACUUGAGAAACAAUCAUCAAUUGAUGGGCUGGAGAAGAUUGUCCUUGAUCAAACUUCCUAUGAGCCCCCCAUUGAUAUGUUCUUUGUUCCUCCAAUCGAAUCCAGUACCAUGACGUCUAAUAAAACUUCCUUCCAUUCGAAAGAUCACGACAUUAAAUUUCAAAUAGACGAUGGCUACUGGGCCCUGGACUCUAACGAGACCAUUGAUUGCAAGAUGGCCGCCACCCUCCACUGGAACAGUGCCUUCCCUUCUGACUAUGUGUUUAUUAGUCCGAUAGUGUUCGUGAGCUGUAAGGCUAAGAGGUCGUGUGAGGUUAAGCUCACUCUCCCUCACUCCCUUCAUUUCCCUUCAGAGAAGCACCACAAGAGGAUUAUUGUAUUCUUCACUAACACUGUUAGCAUUGAAGCCAUAGUCUCUUCACCGUCUCACAGAGAAUUCCGUCGUUUGGCCACCUCCGAUCUCCUAGUUGAUAUGCACAGUGUCUCCUUUACCACGUCCAUUAGGUAUCCUUCUCUCUUUGUGGUUGCGAUGACUCCCCCUCCUCCCUCCUUUCCUCUCCUCCCCUUGAGAUGCUGUCUGUAUGUGGCAUGCCCCAGUGAUAGGGAUCAGUACAUUACUAAUACUGAUAUAUCGGUCUAUGUGGCUAUGAAUCUAAAGACUGUUGAAAUGGCAAUGAAGACUGAUGUGAUACCACACGAGUACACGUUGGAGGAGAAAGGGUUUGUUCUUUCUGGGUCAGUCCUCAAGAUUAACUGUAAAUCAGAGAACAAGGAUUGGCAGAUAACUAGGAGAGGAAGUGGCCAUUUCAAAUACAAUCAGAUAUUGCUUGGUCCAGAGACAGAGCUGGAGACAUCGGUCUCUCACAAGCGAUCCUACCCGCCUAAAGAGUCCUUGUUUGUCGAGUGCCACGACCAUAAUAAAGUACUCAAGUGUAGGAUUAAUGUUGAGUCUGAUGGCAAAGAACUAGUGAAUAUGCUAGUGACACCUUAUGCUCCAGUUAGACAGGCUCCUACUUUGGAUCCAUUUAAUUUAAGAGAGUCAAUAGAUUUAUCUAAUAAUGAACUGAGCAGUAGUACUGAAAGUAUUUCAAUGAAGACGUCAGUUGUUUAGCAAAAUUCUAAUUCCAAGCUAUAUUUAGACCCCGCCCCAACCACGCCCAACAAUGAAAUUUAAUUAAUAAUCAUCUCCUACUAUUAUUUAAAUUAUUAUUAUUAUUAUUUUAACAGGAAAUUAAUAUGAUUCAAUAAUUUUUAAUUUUGUCCUUCGACUUUAUUAUUUUUUAGUCAGUGAAUGUCUUAAAAGUUCGUUUGUGUGAAAGAA